UUUUACGCUUGUUGUGUCCGCGCUCGCGCCGCUUUUUAAUGGCUUGUUGGAGGCUGAAAAUCUCCCUCAGUCACAAAUCCUGUUAAAUAUCACUGAAAUAUUCUUGCAGCCACACGUUAAUGGCAGUGUGUUGCAGGAAAUGAGCGUUUUCCAGCGGUGUCUCGUGUAUAUUUUGUGAGCGCGAGCGCUCAUGCUAGCUAGAUUAUUAUUAUUAUUAUUAUUAUUGUUGUUAUUAUUGUUGUUGUUUGUUUGUUGUUGUUGUUGUGGUUAGCAGCUAGCAGCCAGGUUGCUCAGUCAGCUAGCUAAUAAUGGAGUCGUGCCUGGCUAGCUGGGGUUUAUAAGCGUUUAGCUGGUUUGUUUUUUGUGCUCUGAAGUCUUUUGCACUGGGCAGCUUUGUCAUUUCGGGAGUGAAGUCAAGGCGAGCUGUUUAGGCUUUGUGUUUGUUUUGCUCAGGAUGAGUAGGAAACAUCAGCAUUACAAAGGAGCUGAAGUGAGCUGCUGCGUCAAAUAUUUCCUCUUCGGCUUCAACAUCAUCUUCUGGUUGCUGGGAGCAGCGUUCCUGGCUAUCGGACUCUGGGCAUGGGCUGAAAAGGGCGUGUUGUCGAACCUGUCGUCCAUCACGGAUCUGGGCGGCUUUGACCCCGUGUGGCUCUUCAUCGUAGUCGGAGGGGUGAUGUUCAUCCUCGGCUUCGCCGGCUGCAUCGGAGCUCUGAGAGAAAACACCUUCCUGCUCAAAUUUUUCUCGGUGUUCUUAGGGCUGAUCUUCUUCCUGGAGCUCACUGCUGGAAUCCUGGCCUUCGUCUUCAAAGACUGGAUCAAAGACCAGCUGAACUUCUUCAUCCACAACAACGUCAAAGCGUACCGAGACGAUAUCGACCUACAGAACCUCAUCGAUUUCGCCCAGGAAUACUGGUUGUGCUGUGGUGCCCAUGGGCCGGAUGACUGGAACCAGAACAUCUACUUCAACUGCACGGAGCUGAACCCAAGCCGAGAGCGCUGUGGCGUUCCCUUCUCCUGCUGCAUCAAAGACCCGGCUGAAGACGUUCUGAACACCCAGUGCGGAUACGACGUGCGGCUUGAAGCAGAACUGGAUCGACAGAAGUACAUCUACACUAAAGGAUGCGUGGGGCAGUUUGAAAAGUGGCUGCAGGACAAUUUGAUCGUCGUCGCUGGCAUCUUCGUCGGUGUUGCACUACUACAAAUCUUCGGCAUCUGCCUCGCUCAGAAUCUGGUGAGUGACAUCAAAGCAGUCAAAGCCAACUGGUGACGCCUGGCCGUGGACGGAGAGGUGAAGCCGAGUGACCUCUGUGUGUUUUUUUUUUUUUUUUCUAAAUUUUAAAUUUUAAAACACCACCGAGCGGAGAUUCACGUUCUCACGUUCUCAUGGAGCUUUACACGCACACUGACGUUCCAAAUGAACCAACUCUUCUAGUUGUUGUAUUUCUUUUUUUUGGUCUUAAUGCGAGAAUGCCGUCGAGAAAAAGGGGAGACGGAGCCUCUCUGAGUGUGCGCUCGUACUCCUUCCUUCAGCCUGUGGAAAACUUUCUGGCUCCUAUGCACUUGUGGACUAUUAAAACAGCGUUAAAGCUCAGACGGAGAGAAACGGAGCAGUACAAAGCCUUACUGCGAUGCACGCCGUGUGGACGAGGGUCCUGCUCUUCUCACUUCGGAUAUGAAUGCCGCGGAGCCGUCCAGCCAGACCACUUUCGAUACGACUCAUUUCUUUCAACCACUAGAGUCAAAGGGACGGAGGACGUUUUGUAAAGAUUUUGCUCGACGAGAUUCUUCAUUAAUAUCCGGCUUCCGAGUCUCUUUUAAAAUAUAUAUAUAUUUUUUUUUUGUAUGUAAUUUUUUUUUGUUUAGCUAGAAUAUAAUAGUGAUAUGCUAACAUUAAACAGAUCCUGUUACAAUAUGAACAAUGCUGCUUUAACUCAUAGAGGACUAUAGACCGCUAUACUAACCGAGUAAUAUUUUACAUUUUAAACCAAGGGGGAGAGUCCACUGAAAUUCAAUUCAAGAGCCAACCACUAUGACAGCCUUCACUUCCAGCACAUUUAUCCUUCUUCCUGCUGCCUGCCCUGCUUACAUACGCACAACCUUACAUCCAUCCGCAUAAUGACAUGCACACAAUGGGCUUCAUUUAUCAAUCAUUUGUUAGUGAAGUCAAACUGAACUAAAUAUUCCUGCCAAAUUUACAGAAGUUUCAGUAGCACUGAUUUUCUUCGUGCUUACGUGCGUGUAUGUUGAUGAAUGCCAGUAAUCUGUAAUUUACCAAGCCUGUUCAUGGCGUAGUUGAUUAACAUUUAACCACGUCCAUUAAACUCCAUCAAAGGAAAGUUCACAGACAGCGCAGAAAUGACAAAAUGGCAACUAAACGCUGAAAGAGCGCGUCCUAAAAUCUUACAGUAAUGCAGCUCAGCCACUGCAGCGCCUCAGCUACUAUAGACACCUCCUACUUUUAUACGGCGCUUUAAAAAUGCCCUAUAAUAUAACGCCUCCUAAAAUAUAACUCCUCCUACUUUUAUAGGGGGUCAUUACUUUUGUCUCUUAGUUUUCUGAAUUGCUUUCAUUCAGAACAUUACUAUUGAAUGACCGGGUUUUACUACAUUUUUUUAAAAAAAUUUUGCGUAAUUGAAAUAAAAAAUGCAUGAUUUAAACUCGACUGCGUAACCCGUAUAUAAAAUGGCGGUAACUCAUCACCAGUUAUAUGUAAAUUUACACAAAAUAUCAGUAGGAUAUGAAAUUUUUUCCAAACGAGCUAGAUUUUCAUGAACACCGUUUCUUGUUCCUGCGAACAAUUUCCAAAUAAAUUUGUUCGUAUCCAGUUUGAUCAAUGAGGCCCACUGUCCCUACACGUAAUAUGGCGUCUGAAGGUAUGUCAGUGAUUUUGCUAAGAAUAAUGCAAGCUUUAUAGCCACCAGUUUAGCAUUGUGCAAACUGCACUGCAGUGUCUAAAUCAUCACACACUCACAGAGUAAUUAAAGGAGUGGUCUGAAAUGACGUAUCGCUCCCGAGUUAACUUUUAAGGAGCUAAUUAUAGACAGGAGCCCGGAACAAACUAACCUCAUCCAUCACAUGGAGACAGAGCCAUUCAAUAUUUCUGAGCUGUUGUUAAAAUGAUAUGCUUAUUACAGGUUUAUUUACACCUCACAUAACUAAUAGUUAAGUAACUUUUUUAUUACUUAUUGCUAACAAAAGAAUCUACUUUAUAUAGCUAAAAACCGUCUCACCUCCAUCUUGGUCAGGCUCGGGUUAAAGGCGUGGCUUAAAAUUUCAAGUGAACUGGCGAGUACAGGUCCAGUUUGAGCACUAUUUCAUUAAAAUGUUUACAAAAGUGUAUUAAGUGCAGAGGUGCCAGCGUUUACGGUAGUUGAUUUUUGACAAGGUGAUACAGGAUAGAUCAGCGGUCGUGACUAAUGUGACGUGACUAAUGUAACGUGACUAACGCCCUAUCGUCAGGAGAUGGAGAGUUUGAAUCCCGAAAAUUCAACAGCCAUCCAUAGCAUUUUCCAAGAGAGCGACGUUGCCUCUGGUGUCUGGGUGGAAGGGGUAUACUCUCUCUCCCCUGUCAAUCACAGCGACACUAGCCAAUCACGGGCAUCUGUGAGUUCAUGUAUGCGGAAGAGGGCAGAUAGCGCAUUACUGAAAAAAAAAAAGUGUUAGUAAUACAAGUGGAAAGACAUUUUUUCCUUACUAAUCUGUGUAUAUUUUAUA